AUGUAUUGGACUUUUGCUUAUCUUUUCUUUUUGUUUAUCAUAUCAAGUAAAGCUCAUACACCAGGAACAGUAACUGUUGAUAUACUUACCUUUGAUAAGAUUCGAAAUAAUUUUGAUGCUGUUCUCGCCAAAUUUGAUGAUAAAUACCCUUUCGGUGAAAAAUAUGAUCAAUUCAAAAGAUUUGCUAUAAAUGUUGCUAAUUCAAAGAAUCUUGUUGUUGUUGAAAUUCCAAUAACUGACUAUGGAGAGAAAGAAAAUGAAAUGCUUGCUUUAGAAUAUGGUGUUAAAAAAGAAGAUCAUCCUGUAUAUAAAUUAUUUCUCAAAGGCAAAUCGAAACCAAUUGAUUAUACGGGUGAUAAAACAGAAGAUGAUUUGAGACGCUUUCUUUCGCAUAAUACAAAUAUUUGGUUUGGUUUUCCUGGCACCGUCGAAGAAAUGGAUCGUUUAGCUGAACAAUUUUUUGUUGCAUCAUCAAACAAUGAUGAAAAUACACAAAAGUCAUUGUUGGAGAAAGCACAUGAAGCAGUUAAAAAAUUAGUUGAUAAGAAAGAGCAAAUAAGUGGUAAAUCGUACAUAAAAAUCAUGGAGUCAGUUAUUAAACAAGGCAGCGAUUUUUUUAAACGCGAAGGUCGACGUGUUGAAAAUCUUCUCAAAGGAAAGAUUACGAAUGAAAAGAAACAAGAAUUACAACAUCGCGCCAAUAUUCUACUCUCAUUUCAAUCAUUAACUGUAACUACUGAUAAAGAACUGUAA